AUGGUUCUCACGGAUUCCUUUCAACCGACCCAUCGGUCAGGGCCGUUCGUCACCAUCCCACCGGAGUUACACCACUUCAGCGCAACGACGACUCCGAGUGACAAUGAAACCUCGUCGUCACCUUCCGCCAGUCUGGCGGAUGGGAAUCCUUAUUCCCCUCCUCUAUCAACCGGACGCGGCUCGAUAGAUAUAAAGCAUGAGGCGGCCCAUCAGUAUCAACCCGCCUCGCCACACCCUGCGCCGUCGCUUCACAUUCGCACCGAUCUUGCCGGUUCCACCCACCUGAACUCCUUCAAAGAGUCCGAUCCCUUCGUGCACCACAGCAUCUCGUCCAGCAGUCUUCCGCAUAGAACCCCCAGCUUGCGCGGCCUCCUGGCGGGCUCUCUCCCCAGCGGCACGUCCUUAUCGCCCGCCUCGGUCCUAUCGUCGCCACAGCUGAUGGCCAUGGGUGACAUCACUCCCCUGCCGUCGCCCGUCAGCGGCACCUCGCCCUGGAAGCUCCCCCGGCGCAAUUCGCAGUCGCUUUCGCGCACCCCGUCGUCGGCGUCGCGGACCGGCUCGAGUCGCGGGUUGCGACUGAGCGACUCGUCGCAAAUGCUCGGCGUCUCCGAUGCUCGGUCGCGAAGCAAGCCAUACGCCCCCUCGGAUAAGGACAAGCAGUCCGAGGGACUGGCUCAGGAUGCAGGGGCUCCGAAGCAUGGGCGGAAUCGGAGUUUGAGUGAGUACGUUCCCCCGGGUAAAAGCGUCCCGGUUAAGCCUCGUCCAGUUGUGGUCUCGGGUUCCGGCGCACCCAACGGGAUCUCGUCGUCCUUCAGUACCGACUCCAAGGCGAACAAUCUGCACCGCGAGCAGUACUUGGCUGUUCACCGUGGAAUCGCCCUGCCGGCCGUCGCCCCGCCGUCCCCGCCGAGGAGUCGGCGCAGCACCUGCAACGACCCCGAAACUGAGCCCGUGAUCAGCCACCCGCCGGUGGCAAACGGGCCGGACGAGGUGUACUCGGUGCGCUCGAUUCGCACCCAGCAGCCGCGCAUCUAUCGCAAACUGCGCCAGCUGGGCCAAGGCACGUUCAGCCAAGUCUGCCUCGCCGUGCGAAUGGAAAUGCCGGCGAACGGCGAUAUGCAGACCGGGUCUAGUCUUCAGGGUGUGAAUGCGGCGACGCAGAAAUUGGUCGCCGUGAAGAUCAUCGACCACGGCCCAGCCGGCGGCGCGGACGAAGAGCGAUUGGAGGUGUCUCUCAAGCGUGAAGUCGACAUCCUCAAGUCAAUCAAUCACCCGUCCCUUGUGCAGCUCAAAGCUUUUGGCAGUGACGAAAAGCGCGCAUUGCUGGUUCUGGACUAUUGUCCGGGAGGGGACCUCUUCGACCUGGCAUCCUCCGGCCCGAAAUCCAUGAGCCCUCAACUCAUCCGGCGCAUGUUUGCCGAGAUGGUCGGCGCCGUCCGCUACCUGCACGAGAACUACAUCGUUCAUCGGGAUAUUAAACUUGAGAAUGUUCUUGUUAACCUCCCCGCCUCUGCGAUGGAGAGUAUCACCGAUUGGCGCACGUACGAUCGCGCCAUAAUCACCCUCAGCGAUCUGGGUCUCUCCAGAAGGAUCCCGGCACCGCCGGAGAAUGCUCUGCUCCAUACCCGCUGCGGAAGCGAGGACUACGCCGCUCCCGAGAUUCUCAUGGGCCAGCCCUACGACGGACGCUCGACCGACGCCUGGGCCCUCGGAGUGUUGCUAUAUUCCAUGAUGGAGAACCGACUGCCAUUCGACGCGCUUCCCGGUACUCGAGGCGACCCCAAUAAACUUCGAGCUCGGACCCCCCAUCGGAUCGCGCGACUGGAAUGGUCGUGGUAUCGCUUCGCCGACGCCGACGGGGAAUGGGAUCCCGAGAAGGGCAAGGAGCUCGAGGACGCUCGCGCAUGCGUCGAGGGACUUCUCAAGCGCAACACGAAGCGCAUCGGCUUGGAUGAAAUUGCAUCGAUGGAGUGGGUCCGCGAGGCGAUCGACGUGCCCGGCGGACUGAAGCGGGGAGAUAAAGAAGUGCCGUAG